UCCUGUUCACCGUUGCCCGCCCGGCCCCGGAGCCAUGGCGUGUUGCUGGAGUGGUCUCGAGAAGAUCUUGGGCUCGGGCUCCAAGGUGCCACGAACUUCGGUGGAUUCCGUGGAACGCUUCCGGAAGGGCAGCUGGACCUCCCCAUUGCCCUCCCCGCACCUGCAAUGCGCUCCGGAACCCGAAUCCUUGGACCAGGACUAUGAGUGGCUGUUGGACAUGGUAGACACCAACAACAUGACUUCGCGCUUCGAUCGGGUGGUGGACGUGGAUGCUGCACAUGGAGUGCACAUGGAAGCGAUGGAGGGUGCCAGACAUUUCUUGGCGGAACAGCUGUAUUCCUACCCUGGUUCCCUUCCGCGCGCCUUGACAUUGGCCGAGCGUGAGCGGGUCUUGCGGGUGUUGCAACCCACGGCCACCUUCGAAAUGCUGAACCGGAUGCCUGCAGAGUUGGUGGAGGCGAAAAGCCGGGAAGGCCAAAAACUUCGCAGGAAGUUGCUGGAGGGAGCCACCAUCGUGUUCUUCACCGCCGGCUACGCGGGAAAGCGCUUCAUCUAUGAACGAGCCAUGCAGCUUGGGGUCAAGAGCGUGAUCAUAGAACACCCAGACAGCUGGGCAAAGAGCCUGGUGGAUGAAGGCGUGAUCGCCAAGUUCAUACCGAUCGAUAUGUCGCAGGAUGCCGAGACGGUCUUUCAACAGUCGUUGGAUGCAAUUCGAGCACUUGGAAAGGACCCCUUAACGUUGGACGCCGAUGCCUGUGUGACCUUCUGCGAGCUCAGCGUCCCCGUGGUUGCCAGACUCUGUGAGGUGCUGGGCCUGCCAGGACAUCGUCCGGAGGCGGUCGACAAGGCGCGUGACAAGCAUCGCACCCGAGCCGAGAUGAAAAAGGCAGGGCUGCCAACGCCGAAAAAUAUCCUCAUCCACAGCGAACAAGAAUUGGCAGAGGCUGAACGCGCGGUGGGAUUCCCAGCCGUGUUGAAACCCAUCAGUGGAGCAGCCUCUUUGGGAGUCAAAAAGGUCAGCUCUUCUGAAGAGCUGCGUAAAGGUUAUGCUGAGGUGGUGGGAGAGCUCUCCAAGUUGGUGGUCUCCAGUGGUGCCCUGACGCAGGAUGAUGGUAGCGGCAAGGGUGUCCGUGCUGAGACUGCCAUGGAUUGCACCAUUUUGUUGGAGCAGUACUUGGACGGUGGCGAGGUGGAUGUGGACGUGGUCAUGAGCGGCGGAGAAUGGCGGUAUGCUGCGGUGACCGACAAUGGUCCGACUUUGGAGCCAUACUUUAACGAGACAUGGGCUGUUUGCCCCUCGAUUUUGCCCUCCAAACAGCAGAAAGAACUCAAAGAAUUGGCAGUUGAUACCCUGAAUUGCCUGGGCUUCACGGAGGGUGUCUUCCAUGUUGAAUGCAAAUACACCAGCCACGGACCGCAGCUGAUCGAAGUGAAUGCGCGGAUGGGUGGUGGUCAAGUUCACGAAUGUAAUCUUCGGGUCUGGGGUGUGGAUUUAGUGGAGGAGACUCUCUUCGCUGCCGCCGGCAUCCCAUGUCGGCCUUUCAUCCCCAGCAAGGAUCCACCUGGUGGUGGCGUGGCCUACUGCGACAUCAAUGCGGAACAGAGCGGCAUCUUGCAGAAUCUGGACUUCUUGGCGUCCUUACAGCAGAAGGAUGGUAUCAUUUGGGCCAAACCAUAUGUCAAAGCUGGCACUCAGGUGGUGGGUCCUCAAGACGGUCUUCCAACCUGGAUCGCAGAGAUUGUGGUGCAGCGGCGCAACGCCAACGAAGCCUUGGCAUAUCUUCAGAAGAUUCAAGACGAGAUCAAACCAGACAUCCGAUGAUCAAGGUUUUCUUCCAAGACUCCGGCAUCUUCCAUCACGGAGCAAUCUUUUGCCAUCGAUUCAACAGCCAGACUGAGGGGUUUGUGCUGUAAAACUGUGGGUUUGGAGUUGAUUGAAUCCUGGAUCCUGGGAUCUCC